AUGAUGAGCUGUGCCCCUAAUGCUUCACACUCUCCGGUUUUUUUGCUCCUUGGGUUCUCGAGAGCUAACAUCUCCCACACUCUCCUCUUCUUCCUGUUCCUGGCUAUUUACCUGACCACCAUACUGGGGAAUGUGACACUGGUGCUGCUCAUCUCCUGGGACUCCAGACUGCACUCACCCAUGUAUUAUCUGCUUCGUGGCCUCUCUGUGAUAGACAUGGGGCUAUCCACAGUUACACUGCCCCAGUUGCUGGUCCAUUUGGUCUCUCAUUACCCAACCAUUCCUGCUGCCCGCUGCUUGGCUCAGUUCUUUUUCUUCUAUGCAUUUGGGGUUACAGAUACACUUAUCAUUGCUGUCAUGGCUCUGGAUCGCUAUGUGGCCAUCUGUGACCCCCUGCACUAUGCUUUGGUAAUGAAUCACCAACGGUGUGCCUGCUUACUAGCCUUGAGCUGGGUGGUGUCCAUACUGCAAACCAUGUUGCAUGUGGGACUCAUCCUGCCUCUUUGCUGGACUGGGGAUGCUGGGGGCAACGUUAACCUUCCUCACUUCUUUUGUGACGACCAGCCACUUCUGCGAGCCUCUUGUUCUGACAUACAUUCUAAUGAGCUGGCCAUAUUCUUUGAGGGUGGCUUCCUUAUGCUGGGCCCCUGUGCCCUCAUUGUACUCUCUUAUGUCCGAAUUGGGGCCACUAUUCUACGUUUGCCUUCAGCUGCUGGUCGCCGCCGAGCAGUCUCCACCUGUGGAUCCCACGUCACCGUGGUUGGUUUCCUCUACGGCACCAUCAUUUGGGUCUACUUCCAGCCUCCCUCCCAGAACUCUCAAUAUCAGGACAUGGUGGCUUCAGUAAUGUAUACUGCCAUUACACCUUUGGCCAACCCAUUUGUGUAUAGCCUCCGCAAUAAGGAUGUCAAGGGUGCACUCUGCAGGCUGCUUGAAUGGGGGAAGGUAGACCCCUGA